AUGGCUGCCGACUACGAAACCUAUCAGCUGGGUGAUUUCAAGCUCGUCAGCGGUGAAACUAUCCCCAAUGCCUUCAUCGCGUACAAGACCAUUGGCGACCCUUCCAAUCCAGCAAUCAUUUAUCCGUCCUGGUUCAGCGGCGCCAUCUCUGACAACGAAUGGCUUGUGGGUGAAGACAAGACGCUCAAUCCCAAGAAAUACUACAUCAUUAUCCCUGCCAUGUUUGGCAACGGCCAGUCCAGCAGUCCGUCGAACACGCCUCGCGAACCUUUCCGCCCGUUCCCCGAUGUGACUAUUCACGAUAACGUAACGGCCCAGCAUCGGCUCGUUACCGAAUGCCUGGGAGUUACCCAUGCGCGCUGCGUCUUGGGAUGGAGCAUGGGCGCGUGCCAAACGUAUCAAUGGGUCACGCAGUACCCAGAUUUUGCUGAUUUCGCAGUCCCCUUUUGCGGAAGCGCACGUACUUCCAUUCACAAUCAAGUCUUCCUCGAGGGAGUCAAAAGUGCCAUUAUCGGUGCAAAGAGAGUCUCGUCCGCCGGUUCGUGCAAGGGCGAGAGCACAGCCCCUGGGGAAUACAGACCGUGGACGAAGGAAGAGAGAUCCGCUGGGUUAAAAGCCAUGGGCCGCGUAUACGCUGGCUGGGGUUUCAGCCAGGCAUUCUACAGACAAAGAUUGUACGAGACUGCCCUGGGUUAUAAGUCCCUCGAGGACUUCAUGUUGAAUUUCUGGGAGAAAUGGGCCCUAUCAAAAGAUCCUGAAAAUUUGCUGCUCAUGCUCCGAGCAUGGCAAGCAGGAGACUGUUCUAAUCAGGAGCCUUAUAACAAGAACUUCGAACUGGCCAUGAAGAGUAUCAAGACCAAGAUGCUCGUUUUACCGGGCAAGGAGGAUUUAUACUUUCCCCCAGAGGACUCUGAAUAUGAGGUGCGGUGCAUGUCGGAGGGGGUAGGAAAGUGCAUUCCCUUCCCAUCUGUAUGGGGACACUGGGCUGGCGGACCUGGGCUGAACCCCGAGGAUCUAAAAUGGCUCGACAACAAGCUUAGGGUCUUCUUGGAGGAUGAAACAAGUUUGAUGGCCGAAACGGGUAUUUCCAAGUAA